CUCGGCUGCUCAGUCUCUUUUGAAUACUUAACGCUGUCGGUGGUUCGAUUCCGCGUUGAAAAUGUUUUCCCAACUCUUAUCUAUAAGGUUGGCUGUGUCACUGAUCCUUUUAAUCAGUGGCCAAUGGACUUCAGCUCGUCCCCAGAAUCCUUACUACGUGGAAAACGGGGGUCAUGGUUACUCGCACCAUCAUCGCCACCAUGGUCAUCACGAACAUGGACCAGGAUUUGGCCCAGGAUCCAAUGGACCACCUCCCUUUGCCUUCGGUCGUUUCCCACCGCCUCCUCCCUCUUAUCCAGAUAAUCAACCAUCUGGAGGUCGUCAACCGUAUUAUCCGAACGGUGGUGCAGUUCACGGACAACCUGGCGGUCAAUUUCACCAGCAUGGAGCUGGUUUUCACAGAGGACAACAGGAAUACCCGUACCCUGUAGGAGAUUUUAACAGGGGACAUCCAGGCCUCCAGCAACCAGGUGGAAAUUUCAACAGGGGCCAACCAGGUUUCCAACAGCCAGGAAAUGAGUUCAAUAGAGCACAACCUGGUGGAAGGGCGCCAGGCCAUCAACAACCAGGAAGCAAUGAGUUACCAACCUACCCUCGCCAGCAGCCGGGUGGCGAUGCAAAUACUCUACAGCCUCGACCUGGCCAAAACUCUGGUGGAUUCCAACAGCCAAAUGAAAGCUCAGGCGGAUUCCCAGAGCCUGGCCAAAAUUCUGGAGGAUUCCAACAGCCAGGCCAGAAUUCUGGAGGAUUCCAACAGCCAGGCCAGAGUUCUGGAGGAUUCCAACAGCCAGGCCAGAGUUCUGGAGGAUUCCAACAGCCAGGCCAGAGUUCUGGAGGAUUCCAACAGCCAGGCCAGAGUUCUGGAGGAUUCCCACAGCCAGGCUUUAAUCAGGGACCGAAACCUGGAACGCCUAAUAAUAAUCCCAUUCAACCGCGUCCCGGAAGCUCAGAUGAAGACUUCUCCAGCUUUAACUUCCAAUCCCCCAAGACUUUGCAGCCUCGACCUGGUCAGGAUCACGAAACUGGGGUCUCUGGCGAAGUGCAGAUUAUUCAACCGAUUCCCGGGCAGCAGCAGCCUUCUGUGAUCCAACCAAUUCCCGGAAAAGCUCAAUAUCCUGACAAUGUUGGCCAAAAUAUCAAUGACCUCUUCAACACCCAAGACUUCUUGUCGCCAGAUUUGAGCAGAGCGCCUGGAUCCAACAGAGAUCCCAAGUCGGAUGCUGAGGAAGCGAAUCCGGAGUCGGUUAAUGAGCGCAGUCUCUUCAGCCUGGAUCCCAAGUGUGCUGAAGGACUCAAGGUUAUGGCAGGACGUUGCAGGAAGGAAGCCUAGGAAAUUGGCGUUGAAAUUAAAAUCUGAAUAAUACUGAUUCAUCUACGCAAUACGUAUUUUAUUGUGCCAUUAAAGCUGUCAUUAUGUGUAA